GUCAAAAAAUUCAACACACCAGCAGUGUGAGGAGACCUGAAAGUGGCACAUGGCAUGGCAGAGUGUGGCGAUGGAGACAGCAGCAAUGGGAGGCCGUACAGGGAAUCCAUGAGAGACUCUGGGACCUGGCAGCAGCAUGAGGAGGCGGUAUAUAGGGGCCCAUGGCAGAUUAGGGGCCUGGCAGCAGCUAUGGGAGGCCCGUAAUCUGCAGCACCUAUGUCAAAAAAUUGAACACACAAGUGUCAGCAGUGUGCACAAUGAGACCUUAGAAAGUGGCACAUGGCAUAAGAGACUGUGGACCUGGCAGCAGCAUGAGGAGGCAGUAUAGGGGCCCAUGGCAGAUUAGGGGCCUGGCAGCAGC